AGCCAGGAGCAGCUCGUUACCAUGGAGGCUGUGCAUGUGCUGGACAACUGGAGGAAGGACCUUCAUGUGUCGCAGGGAGCUGUGGACAACUCAGUGGAUAUGGACCGUCUGAACAGGAACAUGCCUGAGUGUGGACGGCAGACCCACCAGGUGUUAAAGAGCACUCCUCUGGACCUAUACGAGACUGGAAAGGGGCUGAAGUUCCAAGCAGAGCGCCCCCACCUGGUCAGCCUGGGCAGUGGACGGCUGAGUACAGCCAUCACCCUGCUGCCGCUGCCCGAGGGUCGGACCACACUGGGUCAUGGCCCCAUGGACAUCAGCAUCCAGGGCCCCGGAGUGGGCGCCCAGCACUGCUACAUAGAGAACAGGUCAGGGGUCAUCACGCUGCACCCCUGUGGAAACCUCUGUGCGAUAGAUGGGCUGCAGGUCACACAGCCCACCCGCCUGUCACAAGGCUGUAUGCUGUGUUUCGGCCAGUCGGCCUUCUUCCGCUUCAACCACCCUGAAGAAGCCUUCAGGAUGAAGAGCAUGGUGCCCCAGGGAGGAAGUGUCUCCUCCGGGGACUACAGACUAUGUCCAGACACAGAGAGCUUGGUCAAUGGGAAUCACCAGGCCAGUCCCGCCCAGUCUCCCCCAGCUCCUGGAGAUAAAGUCCAGUCUGAGCACAGUGCAAUUGUCAGCUCUAUUGAGAAGGACCUCCAGGACAUCAUGGACUCCCUAGUCAUGGAUGACCCUCAGCCUUCUUCCUCGGAGGGCAAAAAGCCUCCUGGAGGCAUUCCCCACUCCCCGCUGUCGCCCAUGGUCAAUGGAGGGGGCCGGUAUCUGCUGUCCCCUCCUACCAGCCCAGGGGCCAUGUCCGUGGGGUCCAGCUAUGAGAAUACAUCGCCACCCUUCUCUCCCCUCUCCUCCCCAUCAGCGGCCAGCAGUGGGAGCUUUACAAGCCCGUCUCCUAGUGGAGGACCCCAGGACCAGAGUUCUUCUCUGCCGCCAGUGCCUGUACGCUCCUCUAGCUACAACUUCACCACCCAGCCUCCACCUGUACCCCAGCCACGGACCAUACUGCCUAACUUCAGCAGCGGUGGGGCGGGCCAGAAGGUUCAGGAAAGCCCCAGGCUGCAGAGGAAGGUCUUAACAGAGGCCCCUCCAAGCCCUAAGCCAAGCCGCAGAGGACUAGGCCAAGAUGGGUCUGAGAGCCCCCGACAGACUCCUUUGUCCUCUUGUGAAUCUCUCAGUAGUAGAAACAUUGUGCCAAGUAGCCCCAGACUCACUCCCAAAUUCCCUUCCUGUCCAUCCCCGUCUCCCUCCAGUCCCAGGACCAAGGCAGCCACAGUGCUGCAGGAAAGGCCUGCCAGCCCUUUCAGAGAACAGACCAGUCUAGCUGAUUGCCCCCUAAACUCCAGCCCCUCCAGGCAGCUUUCUCAACCCACCAGAGCCUUCCAGCCUCCCCUGGACCCCAUCGUCCACAUCAUCCAAGGAUCGCCGCUCCAGCAGCAUUCACGUUCGCUGCAGCCCCCUGAGAGCCCUCGCAUGGCCAGGAGAAACAUGGAGCUCAACGGUGGCGGUGGAGGUGUCAGCAGUAUGAGAGAGCUGCCCCCUCUUAGCCCCUCCAUGGCUCGAAGAGGGGUCCCGGUACUCCCAGGGGCACUCCCAGGGACUAUCCCUUCCUUGAGGACUCCAGAUAGCCCCUCAGGUCUGAGCAAGCUUAUCCCAGAGAGUCCCAGGCUUCGACGCAAGACCGGAUCUAUGUCCGAGGAGCCGACGUGCAGCAGGGGGAUCCGAGACCGCAGUCCGUCGCCUACCUCUAUGAUGAUGGAGGGCGGUGGUGGUGCGGGAGCACGUAAGGCGAGUUUUGGGAAUUCCCUGUCACCUGCUUACAGUCUGGGCUCCCUGCCUGGCUCGUCCCCCGUGGCCAGCCCGAGGACCCACAGGAAGAUGUCCGCAGGGAGACCCCACCCUGGAAUGAGGGAGAGGAAGAACAGCAUCACAGAGAUUAGUGACAAUGAGGACGAGCUGCUGGAGUACCACCGACGACAGAGAGAGGAGAGGCUUCGAGAGCAGGAAAUGGAGAGACUGGAGAGACAGCGACUAGAGACCAUCUUGAACCUCUGUGCUGAAUACAACAAAGGCGAGAGCACCGGCCUGGACCCCCUGGCCUCAGGGAGAACAGGUUUCCCAGGAGCGCUAGCAGAUGGCAUGGGGCGAAGACCGUCCAUGGAGAAUGUCCUCGGAGGGACAGCGUCCUCAGCUGCUCUCCGCCUGCUGCAGAGACAGAGAGAGAGCGACGAGGAGAACCUGAAGGAGGAGUGUAGUAGUACAGAGAGCACUCAUCAGGAGGUGAGGACGUCUCCUGCUCUCAGCACAGCAUCAGCACUGCACAAUGGAGACAGACAGCAUGAGGAUUCCAGUUCAGGCAGCGCAGGUCGUCUGGAGCUGGGUUACCUGGAAGACGAGCGGGUUCGCGUCCUCUCUCGGAUCGAUGAGCUCAAGAGUAGACUGACGGAGCUGGAGCAGCAACUCCAGGAGUCCAAACAAGAGGCAGAGAUGGAGCGUGCCUUGCUGCAGGGCGAGAGGCAGGCGGAGCUCGACCAAAUAGAGGCCGAAACGGACAUCAUCACUCAGCUGCAGCACAAGCUGGACGAGCUGGAGAGCGCCAUCCAGAGGGAGAAAGACAAGGAGAGGGCUAAUGUUGAGGCCGAGCGGCGGGCCCUGCAGAGCCUCCAGGAGGGCUACGCUGAGUUGGAGAACCAGCUUCAUAACUGUCCCGAGUCGCUGCGGGAACAGUUGCAAGAACAGCUCAAAAGGGACGGAGAGGCGCUGGAGACAGGAACCAAAAAGUUUGAGGACUUGGAGUUUCAGCAGCUGGAGAGAGAGAGCAGCCUGGAGGAGGAAAGAGAAACCAUCAGCCAGCAGCUGCUCCAGGAGAGAGCCGAGUACCACAACAGUGUGGCCAAGAGGAAGGAGAAGGUAUCCGCUCUGGAGAGCCAAGCCAACCAGCUCGGCCUGCAGGCGUCCCAGGAGUGUGAGCGGCUGGCCAAAGACAGAACCCUCACACUGCAGAUGCUCCAAAAGGAGAAGGAGAGGCUGUCGGCCCUGGAGAAGAGAUACCACAGCCUGACGGGUGGAAAGAGCUUCCCCAAGUCCUCCACUGCGAUGAGAGAGGAAGCGCUCCACAUCAGCGAGGCCGACCUGUUGUUGGAGGAUAUCCACUCCUCCCAGCAUUCCCUCUGUCGAGCCUCUCCUUCCUACUUACAUCCCUCCCCUCUCUGUCAGUUGUACCCCAGCAGCCCUACAGAGGAGUACAUGAAGCUGUCGGAUGUCUAUAAGAUGUACGGCAGCGGCGGCCUCCGCGAAAGCAGCAAGCCCGCCUCUCACGGCCGCUCGUUUGCCGUCGAUGCUGCAUUAGCGGGCGCCUGCGAGGAGUAUGUGACAGUGGGACAGUUAAAUCAGAUGUACGGGAUGCCCAAGGUGGAGUCGUCCCCGACUUCCCCGCUUCGCCAGCCCCUGCAGCCUGGAGCAGUAGACCCCGCCUUCUCCUGCCUCUCCUCUCCACACGGCUCCUCCCUUUCUCUCUCUGUGGAGUACCCGUCUGAAGGUAGCAGGUCUCACCUGCCCAAGCUAGAUUUAGAGCAGUGGUACCAGGAGCUGAUGGCUGGCUCCAGCCAGCUCUGUGCUCCCCCUCUGCCAGCCAAGUCUCUGUCGGGCCGCAGGCCUGUGCUGCAGGUGUUCCGCUCCAAGCUGGACAGUGAUCAGCCUAAAUCAGCCUCUGGAUCCCCUCUGCAGCACGGAGCAGCAACACUGGGACGCAACUCAAGCCCAAAGAGCCCCCUGCUGGCGGCCAACAGCACUGGCAGUCUGCCCAGGAACCUGGCUGCAACCCUGCAGAACAUCGAGACCAAGAGACAGCUGGCUCUGCAGCAGAAAGGUCAGCAGGUGAUCGAAGAGCAGCGUCGACGUCUGGCCGAGCUCAAACAGAGAGCAGCGGUGGAGGCUCAGUGUCAGUGGGAGGCGCUCCACGGCUCGCAGCCCCACCUCAUGACUUCGUCCUCCUCGUCGCCCUCCUACUCCCCGAUCAUGUCCUACAGCCCCGCGCUGAGCCACAGCUCCGCAGGCCCCGGCCCUCUGGUCCACCACUCCAUCCUGCACCACCAGCCCCCGUCAGCCGGGGAGCAGCCCUACGACACCCUGAGCCUGGAGAGCUCUGACAGCAUGGACACCAGCGUGUCCACGGGGAACAACUCGGCUUGCUCACCAGAUAACAUGUCCAGCGUCGGAGGAGUGGACGCGCUGAAGAUUGAGGAGAUGGAGAAAAUGCUGAAGGAGGCGCAGCUGGAGAAAGCCAGACUUAUUGAAUCGCGGGAACGAGAGAGCCUGGCUCGUCGUCAGAUGCUGGAGGAGGAGAGGAGGAGGAGGGAGGAGGCGGAGAAGAGACUGCAAGACGAAACUUUCCACCGGCAGCAGCUCGUGGAGAAGGAGGUCAAGAUGAGGGCCAAGAACUUCUCUCAGGCCCGUCCUAUGACUCGCUACCUGCCCAUCCGGAAGGAGGAGUUCGACCUGCGUUCCCACGUUGAGUCGUCGGGCCACAACGUGGAGACGUGCUAUCAUGUCAUCCUCACGGAGAAGAUGUGUAAGGGCUACCUAGUGAAGAUGGGAGGCAAGAUCAAGUCCUGGAAGAAACGCUGGUUCGUCUUCGACCGUCUCAAGAGGACCUUCUCCUACUAUGUCGACAAACAUGAGACCAAGCUGAAGGGUGUGAUCUACUUCCAGGCAAUAGAAGAGGUCUAUUACGAUCACCUCCGCAGUGCCACUAAGAGCCCGAACCCCGCCCUGACCUUCUGCGUAAAGACCCACGACCGGCUCUACUACAUGGUGGCCCCCGCAGCAGAGGCCAUGAGGAUCUGGAUGGAUGUGAUCGUCACAGGAGCAGAGGGAUACACACAGUUCAUGAACUGAGAGACACCCAGCAGCACAGGGAGCGCAGGUGACGAGCAGAUAGUUUCGGCAGGGACUCUCCCAUCACAGACUCUACAGGCCCUUCCUGUUUCCAGUCCACAGCGGACACAACGCCUUGUUUGUUACUUUUCAUUUUUAAUCUCACACUUUUGAUUUUACUAUGUAGAUGUUUUCACCUCUGCAUUUUCUACGUGAUUCAGUUUGGAUUGAAAAAGGGAGCCCUUGGAGGACAUAAACACUUACACACACACACAUCUGUAUAUAAACCAAAAUGUAUACCUGUCAAAGACUUUUAAAAAGCCUUUCUAUAUUGCCAAAUGGAGAUCUUGUAGUUACUGUUUGUUGAACCUUUUAUAUUAUUUGUUUCCUUUCUUUCUCUCGUUUUUUUUACUUGUAGAGAAAAUUGCCAAAUGACAUAAUGCCAAUGUUUUGUUUGAGUGUUCCAUCAUGACUAUGCUCAGUUUAGACAGAGAGUAUAAAAGAAUCUUCAAUCUGAGGGUUAAUCAAUUUAUAAAUAUAUUUGAAAGAAUCUUAUUCAAAAUGUAUGAAUCUAUGAGAAGUAAUAGAAAUGAGUCAACAGGGACUGGACGUGAUCGAAGAGUCCAGCACACUUGUCUGUAACAGUGAAACACAGUAAAACAUUGCAUCCUCUACAAGUCACGUCACCUCAGUGCUGCUCGUAGACUCAACACUAACACUAAAUCACGUGCAGCAUCUGCAGCAGAUUAAAGUGUCCACAGCUACGUCCUCGUCACAUUACUUCACAUAGGCUUACCAAAGUUAUUGUAGGUAUUUUGUUAAGACUUUGACCCACUACAGCUCAGGAGUUCACGCUGCAGUUCUCACUAUGGUUCAACCAAUAUGGGGUUUCAGAAGCCGGUACUGGUAUCACUAUUGAAGCCGUGCGAUAGUUGGUAUAUUUCAAUCUUACAAAAAAGCCCCACCAAACCCAGAAUAAUAAAAUUCUUUAUUGACUGGCACUUCAGUUUGACAUCGUGGGACAUCAGCUUAUUUGCAUCUCCAAAGCUUUCAAAGAAUUGAAGAAUAUCAAACUGUUCCUUUAAGGAAAUUGAUUGCCAGUGGCAGUUUCUCGCUUGGUGCAUACGCCAAAAACAAGUUUCUAGCUUCCGGGUUUACUUCUGUGGUAUGCAGCCCACUGAAUAUGAGCAGUGUUACUUCUGCUGGCCCCGCCCAGCUCACAGACUUUACACUGUGAUGACAUCACAGUUUUUUAAAUCACUUCUCAGCUUGAGGAAAGUUUUACAAAUUUAAAACCUCCAUGGAUCAAAAAUUCAUAGCAGAAAGAGUCAUAAAUGACCUGGUUUGCAGUUCGACGCUUUCAGAGAUGUCUCUUUUCUAAUGGUGGUCUAUGGGGAAAAUGAUUUUUGGGGAGCAGGGGAUUUUUGCUGCAAUGGCCACUGGGAAAAAAUUGGAAGCAAGGCUGAGCAACGUUCCUGAUGCCCUAAGAACAAUGUGAAACAAGGGGCCACUAGUUGCAAUCAGGACUCAGGACUUAAGUGCAUGGGGAACCCCAACAUUUGGCAAUCAAUUGCUUUCUUACUGAAGUUAGAUGAUACCAGUCUUGGAUAUUGCAAGUGGUAUCAAUCUUCUCAUCUAACACUUGCCAAGAAAGCAGUCUUGAACUCAAAGAAUGAAGCUAGAGCCUGUUUGCUUAGCUUAGCAUUAAGACUGAAAGCAGUGGUCAAGAUCGCCGGCCCAACCAAGAAGAAGUUCCAGCACACAAACAACUUGUUUUUACAUUUCGUUUUUUUGGUCGGUUAAAACAAAUUAGAUUUAACGUUUUCAUUGGAGAGCUUGAGUGUUGGUAAGCAGAUGUUUUGCCUGACAGAGUCAGGCUAGCUGUUUCUCCGUUUCCAGCCUUUAUGCUAAGCUAAGCUAACUGUCUUUUGGCUCUAGUUUAAUAUUUAGCUUGUAUAAUAGACUUCGAAGCAAAUUUUCAAAGUGGCCAAACCAUGCAAUUUCAACAUUGAGGUCUGUCACAUGAUGCCAUUUGGCCCUAAAAGACUUUUUCCAUAGACUUAAAUUGGGAAAGAGAUGUCAGUAAAUUAGUAGAUACAUUUUUUUCUUGAGAAUCAACAACCGUGAAAUGACUCGUUUCAAUAUCAGGAUUUGAUCCAUUUGGUGCGAUUACAUUAAAAAGGUCUAGAAGAGAUAUACAAUGAAGUAAUUUAAUCCCUAUUCUGGGUAGCGGAAUGCUAAACCAGAAGUUAGCCGCUUGCACGCAGAAGUCUGUAAUGCAGUUGCUCUAUGGGCACAAUGAUGUGGAAUAUCUGGGUGAACUUUUUUGGCUUCAUGCACCACUGACCAAUCUUCAUAGGAAUGUACGGGACUCACUGUAUCCAGUUAAAUUUAUGCAUCAGUGCUGUUAUAGAGCUGUUAUGUCGUCCAGCUUUACACAGUUUAGAUGCCUUUCAACAGAGCCAGGCUCUUUGACUUCACCCGCUAGUGCCAUCUAUUGGUGUAUCUAUGCCCAAAUAAAGGACGCAUGGAAGUAUGAGGGCAGUGACGUUUACAACGUUUGACAUGGACGAAUCUAUUUUCGGAUGUAAAGGAAGUCUAAAUGAGCCCCAAGCCAACUGACUCCUGGCCCUAGCUUUGUAUUUAGUAUACAGACAGGAAGUAAAUAACUGUUGAAUCUCCCUAAUCUCCCUAAUUCUUCAAAGGAAAAGGCACUUCAUGAAUCACUUCUUUGGCUGCUUUGGAGCUGAAUUUUCCCCUUUAGUUGGGAUGGUUGGUUUUGGUCUUGGUGGGAUCGGCUCAGACGUUGAGUCCCAAUAACCCCCGUCUAUUGGUCUAUCCAUAGCUGUGGCGUUCUCAGUGUACUUGUGAAUAUGUUGAACGUAUCUCACUGUGUCUGUAUGCCAACUCAAGGUGUCCAUGUAUGCACUCGUACAAACAGAGAAAGCUCGUCUAUUUGCCAAGUAGCCUUUAGCUAACUUGAUGAUGCGACUACACAGCUGGGAAGCAGCCAUCAUCACUGCCAGCCUAAAGCAGCAACCAGUGGAGGGCGCUACAGAGACCACACCAACACAGGACCACACGGGAUCAACAAUACGGACUAAUGCAAUUCUGAACUGUGCCUUGAGUUUGUGUUGUCAUUGAUGCCGUGUCUGUGAGUCCAGCACAGCCUUGCUGGGAGGCUACGAUCGUAUGAAUGCAUCUUAAAUAGUUUCUAAGCUGUAAUGCAGUAAAGGGACAGGCUCGCAUGAGGUGUAAUACUCCAAUAUGGGGACGUCUGCCUGUAGCGUCAUUACAGGCAGAGAUACCGAAGGCCCUGAGUACAGUGGGGAUCAGCUAGGUCACUGGCAUUAUUUAAACUCUGAAUGUACAAAAUAAGUCUUUGCUUUAUAGUGGUUUUUAAAGCUUGAGCCAUCCCAGCUGGCACCAAGCCUGGUAAGACCUGGCAGGUGAUGUGAGCUCAACAUUCUGUUUCGCUGUCUGUAUCAGUCUGGACUCUGUGCCGCCCCAGACACUUUCAGUGGGUCGGAGUGUCAACAUGAUGUUUUGCAGACGUUGGGUUUUGUUCUCCGUACCUUACAACUCGUUAUUCUACAUCAAGAUGACAUUUGGCACUUAACAACACAACUUUAAACCAACAAAGUAUCAUCUGUCAUUAGUAUUCUAUGUCAAAUUGACGUUGGCAUUAGAUGUUGUGACAUUGAAUUUUGGUUACCUGACAUAUCAAUAUUAAUUCAACCAAAUAACAUCUAAUGGCAACAUUGACCAGCUGGGAAUGGAGUAAAAGUCACAUGAUGCUUCUCAAAAUCAAGGAUGCUUCCUUGGUAGGACGGGCACGUCCAAGUCAGGUCCUUCACAGGCUAGGCAAGAGUCCUUCUUAGCAUUCGUUGAUCAAAUAUUGGAACAGGCUAGCGAGUGCCCAGGAGUGCGUCAUUGAGGCCUUGCCUUCAAUUCUGACAAAUCAUGCACAAAGAAUUUUGGUACACGCCCGCUGAGGAUGUACAUAUGCAUCCUUGAAAGUUCUCUGAAGGAAGGACCCGGUCAAAUGAUCUUUGACAUUGCAAGUCCUUCGGCGGGAUUUGAUGACGUAGCCUCCUUGAAAUGCAGCUGUUUAAGGAUCUUUCCUUGACUUUGAGAAGACCUCUGCUGCUUUCGUUUUUCAAUACACCCCUUGCAAGUCCCCCAACUUGGAGUACUAAAGUACCAGACAUUUCCUUUAAAAUCUGAACCAAUCAGAAAGUUGCAGGAAAUAUUUGAAUUUUAGAAGCAGCUGAAAGUUUGUGUAUGAAAGGAGUUUGAACUCCUUAAAACGUCUCAAAUAUUUUGUACAUUCAGAAGUGAGGGGAUAACUCGUCAUGACUUAGUUUACCGACUUUUUUAUUUGCAAAAGAUUGGUGUCAGAAUCUGAUUAUUGACAAAGCAUUUUCACAUUUAGGGGUUCUGAGAUAUGAGACUACAGAUCAUCUAGAAAUUUGGCUAUAAAGUCUAUUAUCUUUUUUGAUUGAAGACAUGUCUUUUAAUUAAAACUUGUUUACUCAACUUAAACUUUAAUACAAUAUUUCGGUAGAGUGGUCCACAGCAAGAGGGUUCUGGGUUUUACCCUGCUGGCUGGCUUUGGCCUGUUUGUGUAGAGCUGACAUUCUCUGCAGGUUUCCCAGUCUAAAGACAUGCAGGUUUGGUUAUUUGGUGACUCGAAAUUGCCCAUAGGUGUGAAUGUGAGCAUGAAUGGUCGCCACAUGUCAACUGGGACAUUUGCUCCAGUCCCCCUGCGACCCUGAAUUGGAUAAGCAGUUACAGAUAAUGCUCUGUAUCCCCACUGUGAGCUGAGGCCAGCGUGCACGAGGGUGGAUAAGGAAAUUUUGUAUCUUCAGCUUUAACAGACUGUAACCGACCGGGCUCGCCUGGUGUCUUUGUCGUCAAGUGUUGGAUCAUCACAUUGUGAGUCUGUCGAACCGGCCGGUGUGUAGUUAACAGAUGCUGUCGUCCGUUUUGUAGAAGCAGAGGACAAACUACGCUGUGAUUUUCAGAGCAUGUGGAACUGUUGUUUAGUUUCAUGUGUAGGUACAGUAAUGAUAAUUUAUGGUUGUGGUGCCUGAGAUAGUGACACGUUUACUUCGAGAUGAAAAAAAAAAAAAAAAAAAGACGACUAGUGAAAAGACCUUAAUAUAUUCUGCCCCCCUUGCCUUUACUCUCCCUGCACCGCUAACAUGUGCAAACCAAACUAUUCAACACUGGCAAGGCUGUUAAAUCAUGUCUGUUGAUAGUAGGUGGUAUAUACAUUACUGUUGUUAUCUAUGUUGAAAAGAACGGAAACUAAAUAUACUGUAAAGAGGAUGCCUGAAUGAAAAAAUAAUCUUACUAUUGAAAUGAAAUGAAACAGUAUUGUAUGAAAAGAAGUACAAUUUUUACUUAUUUUUGUCAUUUUAGAAAUUUUAUUGUCAGUCAGUUACAUUUCAAAUUGUAUGGUAGUGAUGUAUCAAUCUACCUUUUUCUUUUUUACUGGUACAGCAGAACACACAUCUGUACACACACAAACACACACACCAACACACACACACACACACAAUAACUCACCAAGCACUCAUGAGACUGUACUUUUGUUUUUCUAGAACGUAGAUCCUGUUUCACACACACUCACACACACAAUCAGUACUCGGACCAUACUGUGUUAUUGGUACCCUGUAUGUCUCAUGCGUUACUUUCACGUAUGAAUAAUAUGGAUUUUGUCGAAUCUAUUAAAAACAGAACUGUUACAGAA